AUGUUUGACUUUUUUUUGCAUCUUCAGUUUAGUAUUUCGUUAUUAUUUCAGACCUGUGUAAAGGAUUUGCGAUUUCUGGUCACAGAACCAAAGAAAUGGAUAAAGUCUCCUUCAUGUUCAUUUGUUGUCAAAGAGUAUACCCUAACUUUGUUAGUCUCUGGUCAGUUUGAGACUUUAAGCCGAAAAAAAUUUGCACCCUGUGGCACAUCCCUUCAACCAAGGCAGGAUAUUCUUCUCAAUUCAAUUCACAAUGGAAGAAGACUAGCCAUCUGUCCGCACCAACUCCCACCCAAGAACCUGUUCCUGGUGAUCCGUUCCCCCAUCUUCUCUCCGAAAUUUCCACCGUUCCUCGUCAACCCCCUCCAUCUGUGCCCGCUCGAAAUUGUGCCUAGGAGGACGGACUUGGUCUGGUAUCGUUGUGUAUUCUGGAUCCAUAAAUGGAUCGUCCGAGUUUCUAAAAGGAAUCCCUCUUUGGAGCUCCUAUCCCUGCUGAAAUCCGUUCCCAAUUCUGGUGCCCUCUCAUCGGGUAGCCAAUAUGCUAAAAUGCGCAAGGCCUAG